AGCGAUACUAGACACGGAAAUAAGGGUGGGUGAAAACGGGAACAAGUCCUCCUAAAAUACCGCAUUUAAAUUAUAGGGGUGGGAGUAUUUUAAUAGAGGGGUUGCUGAUGUUGUGUAAAAUCAACGCACAUAUAGAGCAGAAAGAAUACAACCGGGGGGUACAGUCAGUCGUGGUAAGAUUUGGGGUAUAUAAAGCGACUGGUGUUUGACUUCGGGAGGCGUGCUGUUAAUACACAAAAGGGGGCAACAAAGACGGGUUUAAAAUGAUUGUUUUAGUUGGGUGAUUCUGCUAUAACGUCGAUCCAGUAUUAUCAAGGGCUGAAACGUAUGUAUAUGACUUGACAGUAAUAUAUUACUAACUAAGCCGGUGUGGAGUUCUUUGUGAUCGGCUCCGCUUGCUCUUAGUAAAAAUAGUACUUCCAUUAUUGACGUUUGCCUGAUAUAAAGAAAAGGGGUUGGAUUAUAAUUUCACAUGUUAUCCAUUAAAAUUAAAGACACGUCAAAACGUCGCUAGAGGAGGAGCAUUACUAGGCCUCGAUUAGUCGAAAUGAAAGUGAAGGCCGAUGUGUUUUUAUUUUAUUGAGCUCUUACUAGCUGCCGGCGCCACAGUGAAAGUCCUUUACCACGACAGCCCGAUUGUAAACUUGACACGGAAUAACCCCGUCUAUUCAAGUUCAAUGUGGAAAUGCGAGGUUGCAGCAGAGUGACUGAGAAGCGGAUUGAACCGGGACGGGGUAACUAAGCGAACACCUCUUGUUUCUAUUGAGCGUUUGUGAUAGGAAUUCAAAGGGAUUUCAUUUGAACAUUGGACCACGAUCUGUUAGAUGUUAUCAGAAAGCAGGAAGCGCCCUCGGAGCUGUGACAACGAUGACAGCCAGCUUCUCCCACAGCCCAAACGUGGAGGUAGCAGCAACCCCCUCUUCCCAGAGCUGGGCCGGGACAUCUGGGAUUUAGAGUCCUCCAGCAGCGACAGCAGUGCAAUCAGCAGCCCGGAGCGUGCUGGGAGCAGCAACCAGCCUGCCGAGGCAGGAGGAGGCUACUUGAACCCGGGGACUUUCAGCUCCGCUACCUCGUCCUCUGUGCACUUCAACGAGGAGUCUGCCUCUCUGAGCCAGGACUCCUACCAGCGAAUCAACCGCAUCCUGCGAGAGGCGCACUUCCACAGCCUGCAGAGCCGCGGGCCCCCAGGAGACACGUGAUUCCUGCCUCUCUUCCCCCCCCCAGCGCCUCUAACACCUUCUGUGAAGGACGGAGGGGGCAGGACCCCUCGCGGUGGCGGGGAAGAAGAAACACGGAUUCCCGUUUGGAGAGAGAGCCCCAAGAGAGUGGAUUUCAAUUCUUGCACAACCUUUGUCGGGUUGACUUCUUCAUUAUUAUUAUCACCAACAUCAUCUUCAGUUUGCAUUUUAAUUUAAAUCUUUUUCUCUCUCGAUUUCCUUGUAAUAAUAGGUGGGUGUCUUCAAUAAGUGCUUCACUUUAGCAGCCCGUAUGUCUCUUCUUUUGGUUUUGCCAGUUAUCCCACUAGCAGGCCAGGUGUUUUUCAAAUUAUCAGAUCAUUUUUGUAGGGGGGUAAAAGGAAAAACAUAUCCUUACCAUGUCUUGUGUACUUGAAUGUGACAAUCAGGCAUCCUCGUAGCUGGGGUUAAAUGAAAGGCUCUUUAUGGACAGAAGAUAGCAUGCUAUUACCUGCUGCUGCUGCUGUGUUGAAGUUUGGUUCUGAUGGGAGAGAGCUGUAUCUUUGAUUCUCAGCGUGUUUCUUGUUCAGUGGCUGGCAGCUACCACACUUUGUUGGCUGUUGCAGAUUUUAUUUCCAAUCUACAAUAAAAUCAGGACAGUAUUCUUUUUGGAUGACACGAAUGUUGAUCACUACCUUUCUGUUCUACUUUGAAGUGACAGUGGGGUGUAAUUACGGAUCUAAACAGAACUAAAUAUAGCCAGCCUUUUAUUCCCAAAGAAGGUAAUUUAGGUAAGUAUGAGAUUCCAGAAAAGCACUUCAUUUUUAGUUUAGUUUUUUUGCAAUGAAUGCUGGAAAUGUAAUGCAAGCCACAGUAAGGAGGCUGGCAACUUGCUGCAACCUAACAUGUAUAUAACAGAUCACCCUGAGGGCUUGCACCAAAAUCAGCUUCCCACUAAUUAUAGACGAUAGCAUUAGUAGUAACUGCUAAAGAUGGUUUGCUGGUCUAGAGAGCUAAAAUAAGCAAAGUGUAAUACUCAAGAGAAUGUAUACACUGUUUAGACCAUCAUUUUAACCCUGCAAAAAAUAUUUUUUAUGCAUUCUAUAAGGUUCAUUUUCUUUUAUUGGAAUUGUUUCAUUUUAGUUUCUCCCAGUAGAUAUGAGAAUCUUGUACCAACGCAGAACUUCGAUUUGCUCAGAUUAAAUCAAUAGUUGUUUUGGAUGCACCGAGCAACACAGGGUUAAAAUGCUGCUGUAGCUUUUUAGUCAACUUUUUUUAUUUUUGAACCAGACACCCAGGCUUGGUGACUGGUGAGUCAGAUGACCUUUAACGUGGUUUCCACGGCAACCCAAAAAGAGAGGCAGGGGCUGCUGGGGGGGGGGGGAAUCUCGGGGCAGCAUAUUCAGAGGAUUCCCGAGAGUUCGCUACACAUGCCUGCUUGUCAGAGUCACUUUCAGAGGGUCAGGUCUGCCUUUUUGCAGUUAUUGCUACUAAUUAUUAUAGAAAGAUUUAGAGGUCGUGUUGAAGACUAAGUUCACUUGUUUAUUCUUAGUGUAAAAAAAAAAAAAAAAAAAAUCCAGGGACAAA